GACAUAGAGGUUACAUGCGAAAAAUACAAAGACAUUAUAACAUAUAAAAAAUCACUUGACUUCCCAAAUUUGUUUAUUUUCAGACCAACUCAAAAUUUCAAUUUGACAGUUAAUAAUAUCAGAACUUGCAGAGGUUUUUAAUUUUUAUACUGUUUGAUUUUAUUUAAAAAAGUACAGUAGUUCCAGUUUACAUAGCGGUAAAUUCAUUUAAAAAUUUUUAGUGUUUGUUAUAUCGUCUUUGCUGCUUUAACUUUUUUUAGUUGAUGUAAUUUUUAAGGCAAAAACUUUCUCUGUCGCAACCCUUAGUCAUAAUCAGUAAAGAAACGAAUAGCAAGUUCUGGUUUUGUUGAUAACUCUUUUAUUUUUAGAAUAAUUUAUUCUUCUUCACCAGCGUUUAUAAGAGUUAUUGUACUGCGAUGAUUAAAUGUUUGUAAUGACACUUAAGUAUUGUUACUGUCAAAAGAAUUCAUAAAACUAAUGGCUCGGAACGCUGCUAGAGCUGCUGCAGUUUCACAUUGGAACGCAGCACAUUCUGAUAAUCAUUUGUCAUCAGAUUAUGUCUCAAAAAAUUCCAGAUCAAAUGUAAAUAAGAUGACUAAUGCAGAUAUAGGAAGUGGAGAUGGUGCCAAUACUGCAAAGGCUUUUCUCGAAGACAUUAUUAGAAGAGUUGAAGGUUUGUAUGCUGUUGUGAUUACAGAUCGAGAUGGAAUUCCCGUCAUUAAAGUUAGCAAUCCUGACACUCCAGAAGCUGUAUCUAAACCCAGCUUCUUAGCAUCUGUAAGUUUAGCUGUCGAACAAGCCGGAAAGCUGGGUAAUGGAAAAAAUAAACGUAUAAUGUGUAUGUUCAAUAGUUAUCAGGUAAUUCAUUUUAACAAACCUCCCUUGUUGAUUAGUCUGAUUGCAAGCUCCAAAGCAAAUACAGGAUUUUUAUUGAAUUUGGAAUCUGAACUUAGUGUCCUUGGAGAGGAAGUAAAUGUUGUGGUAGAACAAUAAUUAUGCAUUAUUUAGAAUCAAUUGCUGUAUCAAGAAAAAAAGAGGAAAGAUAUGUGUAAAUACUUUAUGUUAAUUUAUGUAAAUUUCUAACAAUAAACGUUAAUUCUUUUCGUG